ACCACCACCAAGCUAUGAGCUCGAGUGCAGGAGCCAUGACUGCCUUGCUCACUGCCUGGCAGAGAAAAGCUUCUCCACACAUACUUAAUACAUUCACUCGACCUUGAACAGGUACUGAGCACCCGCUCUGGGCCCGAUCCUAUGGUGCUGGGGAAGGGGCACCUACAGGAGAUGGGCAGGAGACAAGAUGGGGUGAGGAGAGGGCGGUAGAGGUAUACCCCUCCACACACACUGCGUCUCUGGAGGGUAGCCUGAAUUCCUUGACCAAAGGCUACGGUUCCUGUAAGGGGCCCUUCCUGAUACAGAUACUCUGUACAGGUUCCCAGCCCUCCAAACCUUGGGGGAGGGGAAAACUCUCUGGAGUGGGAGCGACGUGGCCCUGCUGCAUCCUUUGUGGUAGAGUCUCUGAAGACGUUCUGCACGUUUGAAAUCAUUCCUUUAUCAGACCCUUCUGCAAGAUACCCCGUAUGAAAGCGUGCCAGCUGUGUUCUAUCAAUACUAACAGAAAACAGCUUGGUGAAUCUGGAGCGCAGGAAGGGCCACUGGGCUUCAAUGAGCAAGAGAAGGUGAAGGUGCCACAGCUAAGGCAGGAGGGAGCCCCUCAAGUAGGCAGAGACUACCAGAUCCUUGCAGCCAGCCAUUAGGAGUCUGGAUGGGAGAGUGGAAGGGAGAGCAGUUGAAUGAAUGAAAGAAUGAACGCACACUACUUACUUUCAUGCCUACCUGCGAUGAGGGGCCUCCUGCCACCUAUUUCUCCCCAGCCAGGUGGAUGUUCCGACGCUAUCUGUGUUGUUCCCUUCCCAGCAGGAUGCUAGCGGGCGGCUUACUGGAGGAGUCGGAGCCUGGGGCUGCUGAGGCGCCCUGCCCAGGGUCUUGCCAGGCGCAGCGCGUCCUGCAGACCCUCCAGGCCUCCCUUCGGAGCCGCACCAUCACCGACACGGUGCCGCGUGCUGGCGGCCACGGCUUCCCCUGCCAGCGAGCUGCGUUCGGCGCGGGCAGUGCCCGCCUCAGCGGCCUGGCAGCGGCCGGGCGGCCAGAGCGGGGUCAGGCCGUGGUGCCCGAGAUGUCGGGCGCAGGGCGCACCAGGACGGACCCUUUGAUCAGUUCUGGCGUGCAGCUGCGCGAGGAGGAGGAGGAGGAAGAGGAGAAGGAGCUGGCCGAGCGGCUGGGCGCAGAGGACCUGCGCGAGGCCUGCGCGCGCUUCCUCCGGGGCCGCCUCCGCGCCCGCAGCCCCGCGCUGCGCCCCGUGGCCGCCUCCUCGCCCCCCUCCCUGGCCCUGGACUUCGCCGAAGCGGCCCGCCACGCCGGCUUCCUGGAGCUGGCGCCCGGGGAGGUGGCAGCGCUGCUGGCGGACCCGGCGCUGGGCGUGGCGCGCGAGGAGGCCGUGUUCGAGGCGGCGCUGCGCUGGGUGCGCCACGACGCGCCGGCCCGCCGCGCGCACCUGCGGCGCCUGCUGGAGCACGUGCGCCUGCCGCUGCUGCCGCCCGCCUACUUCCUGCAGAAGGUGGAGGCGGACGAGCUGCUGCGCGCCUCCCGCGAGUGCCGCCCGCUGCUGCUCGAGGCCCGCGCCUGCUUCAUCCUGGGCCGAGAGGCCGGCGGGCUGCGCACGCGGCCGCGGAGAUUCAUGGACCUAGCUGAAAUGAUUGUGGUCAUUGGUGGUUGUGGCCGCAAGGGACUUACGAGGUUGCCCUUCACCGACGCCUACCACCCGGAGAGCCAGCGCUGGACCCCGCUGCCCAGCCUGCCUGGCUACAUGCGCUCCGAGUUCGCCGCCUGCACUCUCCGCAAUGACAUCUAUGUCUCAGGAGGCCACAUCAACAGCCAUGAUGUGUGGAUGUUUAGCUCCCAUCUGCACACCUGGAUCAAGGUGGCCUCAUUGCACGAGGGCAGGUGGAGGCACAAGAUGGUGGCCUUGCUUGGACAGCUGUUCGCGGUGGGUGGCUUUGAUGGACUGCAGCGCCUGCGCAGUGUGGAGCGCUACGACCCCUUCUCCAACACAUGGGAGUCUGCAGAGCCGCUCCCGGAGGCCGUGAGCUCAGCAGCCGUGGUGCCCUGUGCUGGCCGGCUCUACGUGAUUGGGGGUGCCAGGCAAGACAACAUCAGCACAGACAAGGUGCAGUGCUUUGACCCCAAGGAGGACAGGUGGAGCCUGCGGUCACCAGCACCCUUCUCACAGCGAUGUCUCGAGGCUGUCUCCCUCGAGGACACCAUCUAUGUGGUGGGGGGCCUCAUGAGCAAAAUCUUCGCCUACCACCCUGGUACAGAUGUCUGGGGGGAGGCAGCUGCCCUCCCCAGCCCCGUGGAGAGCUGUGGCGUGGCUGUGUGCGAUGGGAAGGUCCACAUCACUGGUGGGCGGGAUGACCACGGGGAAAGCACCGACAGGGUCUUCACCUUUGACCCCAGCAGUGGGCAGGUGGAGGCCCGGCCGCCCCUGCAGCGCUGCACCAGCUCCCACGGCUGCGUCACCAUUGUCCAGAGCCUGGGCAGGUGACUCCGACCUGGACAACCUGAGCCACGAGGCAGAGAGAGAAGGGAGAACUCAGGCUCACCGCGCUGCUUUCCUCAUGGAACCUCCAUGUAAAUAGACCCUUAAUUUAUUGCCCCCCUUCUUGUAGAAAUAAAAUGUCAUCCAAAGGCUGGGUCUGUGUUCCAGCUCAUGCCUGCUUUGCCUGGA